CACACGUUACAUUCCUAUAAUAAAUAAUGUGAGCUCUACUAAAUUGAAAGUGAUUGUUGGAACUAAGAGAGACCUUACCCGAACACUUCCACGUCAGGUUACAGAAGAAGAAGGAAUAGAGUUAGCAAAGAAGCUCAAUCCUUCGUUACCUCCCAAUAUUAAAAUCAUUCCAUAUUUUGAAACUUCUAGUAAAACAGGCUAUAAAGUAGAUGAAAUGUUUGAAUUUGUAUUUCAAUUUUUUUACCCAAAUGGUGGGUCUGAGCCAAGGCCACUUAACAAAGAGGACUGUAGUCUUUUAUUAUCUAAUAAUGCUAAUCAUAUUGGAAAAAAUAAAACCUUCACGUGCUGUUAG